ACACCGCGGGCUGUUCCAGGGCGCCAUGACCGCUUGCCCACCGGGCCUGGGCCUGCCUUUCCCGGCCAGCGUUUCCCUCGACCCGUCCUGUCCGGGGGUCACCUUUUCUUGACUGUCGGCCGGCCGGAGGCUGCGCUCUCCCCGGGCCUCAACACUCUGCCCGGGGGCCACCACCUUCUUUAUGCCCGCCUUCUCUUGGCCCCGGGAGUGACAGCUGCAAGGUUUUGCUUGCUCUCGCCAGGGUCUCAUGGGGGCAGAGAGACUCCCGUUUCUCCAGAAUGGGCCCGGAGGCAUAUCCAUUCCUACACUGCUGGGUGGAAACGCGAGGAAGGUCAUGUUUUUUUCAGCCCUUUGAGUGCCAGCACAUCUCAUGUAAUACUCACAGCCCGAGAGGCAGCUUGAUCCUCUCCUUUUUACAGAUGAGAAGAGCAAGUUUUGCUCAUUCCUUGAUUCAUUCCACCAGCAAUCAUUUAUUCAUUGCCUAGGUGUUCAGGGGGUUAAGGCUAUAGCAAUGAAAACAAAGGGGCACAGCGCUUAUUUUCGUGAAACUAAAUUCCUGUGGCGGGGCAACAAUGAUAUAAAACAGCGUUACGUGCCAUGUGAUACAACCAGGGAUGAUGCGAUCAAGAAUGACAGCAGUCAGAGCGCUAGAGCUGUCAGGUCACAAAAGCAGAGCUUUUUUCACAGUAGCAUUUUUCGGUAUUUUCUAAUCAGGGUAAGGUUCACUGUAGCGUAACUGUCUUUGGACUGAUUUAGCUUUCCACCACCUAUCUGGUAAUUUGGAAAUGUGGUUGUAAGGUCUCUUGAAUAACUUCCUGGGGUGAGGGUGAGACGGGUGAUCAUAGUUGGCUCAUUUCUGCACUGGGGGCCUAGCAUGCCAUUUCUGAACUUUAAAGACUGUCAGACUCUUUGAGGAAGACUUGCCAGAUGGUACAGUGGAAGUGGGAGGUGGUGCGUGUAUCUUGGGGCUUAGGGAAGUUAACUUGGUUUGCUCUUUGGGAUGUUUGCUAGCUUGUCCAGUUGUUAAGAUAAAUAAAUGAGAUAAUAUAUGUAAGGUCUAGCCCCGUAAUAUCCCUCACAUUUUAUUUCUCCUUUCCCCCUUUUUAUGAGACUUUUGUCUUUGAGUCCCUAGGGAAAAUCAUAGGGGUCUAAAGUUUUAUGGUAUUUUGCGUUUUUAAUAUUUGUUUACUUUUGAGAGACAGAGCGUGAGUGGGGGAGGGGCAGAGAGAGAGGGGGACACAGAAUGCGAAGCAGGCUCCAGGCUCUGAGCUGUCAGCACAGAAUCCCAUGUGGGGCACCAACCCACAAACCAUGAGAUCAUGACCUGAGCCCAAGUCGGAGGCUUAACCGCCUGAGCCAUCGGAGCAGCCCUAUGGUAUUUUGUGUUUAAAAGAUUUUUAAUGUUUAUUUUGGAGAGACAGAGACGUGGCACGAGUGGGAGAGGGGCAGAGAGAGAGAGGGAGACACAGAAUCUGAAGAAGGUUCCAGACUCUGAGCUGUCAGCACAGAGCCCGACGCAGGGCCGGAACCCCUGAGCCAUGAGAUCAUGACCUGAGCCUAAGUCCAACGCUCAGCCGACUGAGCCACCCAGGCGCUCCUGGAACAGUGAGCAGAAUGAGUACCUCACAGGACCAGAGUGGCUGCUCCAGUAAUAGAGAACCCCUUUUGAGGUGUUGUGAUGCACGGAGGGACUUGGAGCUUGCUAUUGGUGGAGUUCUCCGGGCUGAACAGCAAAUUAAAGAUAACUUGCGAGAGGUCAAAGCCCAGAUUCACAGCUGCAUAAGCCGUCACCUGGAAUGCCUUCGAAGCCGUGAGGUGUGGCUGUAUGAACAGGUGGAUCUCAUCUAUCAGCUUAAAGAAGAGACACUUCAGCAGCAGGCCCAACAGCUCUACUGGUUACUGGGCCAGUUCAAUUGUCUUAUUCAUCAACUGGAGUGCACCCAAAACAAAGAUCUAGCCAAUCAAGUCUCUGUGUGCCUAGAGAGACUGGGCAAUCUGACCCUCAAACCUGAAGAUUCGACUGUCCUACUUUUUGAAGCGGACACAACUGCUCUGCGCCAGGCCAUCACCACAUUUGGAUCCCUCAAGACCAUUCAAAUUCCUGAGCACCUGAUGGCUCAUGCUAGUUCAUCAUCAAAUAUUGGGUCCUUCCUGGAGAAAAGAGGCUAUAUCCCAUUGCCAGAACAGCAGAAGUCAGCAUCCAGCACCAUGGCUGUCCCUCUCAGCGAAUGGCUCCUUGGAAACAAACCCACCACUGGUCAGCAGGCUCCUUACAUACCCAGCACCAACCUCCAGGAGUGGCUUACCCAGAAGCAGACCUUGGAGAAUAGUCAGACUUCUGCCAGAGCCUGCAAUUUCUUCAGUAAUGUCUGGGGCAACCUGAAGGGCUUAGAAAACUGGCUCCACAAGAGUCAGCAACAAGAGGUCCCUGAAAAACCAACUUACCAAAAGUGUAAUAGCCGUUCUACUACCAGUUCUUACUCCACUGAAAUUGAAAAGGUUGGAGAUCUGGAGCUUGAUCAAGAUGAGAUGGAUCUUUCUGACUGGCUGGUGACUCCUCAGGAAUCCCAGAAGCUGGAGAAGCCUGGCAAAGGCAGCUGUGAAGCCAGUGAGAAGUUUAAGCUCCUGUUUCAGGUGUUCCAGGAGCCCUAUAGUGUGAGUGAUUGGCUUCUCAAACCCGAUUCCUGCACCAAUUGUCGGGGCAACCAGCCCAAAGGUGUGGAGAUUGAAAACCUGGGCAAUCUGAAGUGCCUGAAUGACCACUUAGAGGCUAAGAAACCCUUGUCCACUCCCAGUGUGAUUACUGAGGAUUGGCUUGUCCAGAACCAUCAGGAGCCAUAUAAAGUAGAGGAGGUGUGCAGAGCCAAUGAGCCCUGUACGAGCUUUGCGGAGUGUGUGUGUGAUGAAAACUGUGAGAAGGAAGCUCUGUGUAAGUGGCUUCUGAAGAAAGAAGGGAAAGAUAAAAAUGGUGUGCCUGUGGAACCAAAUCCUGAGCCUGACAAGUGUAUAGAUUCCCUGAGUGUGUGGCUCUGUCCUUCCAGAAAAGAGGCAACAGAACAAGCUAAGACAUCAAAGGCAGUGGCUCCUUCUAGUAUUGCUAAUUCCUUCCAAGUCAUAAGGAGCAGUCCCCUGUCAGAGUGGCUCAUCACACCCUCCUGCAAAGAAGGAUGUCCCAAGGAAGUGCCUAUUACUGAGGACAGAGCUGGCAAACAAAAGCUUGUGAACCCCGUGGCCACAGCUGACUGGGUUUUGCCAGGAAACAAGAUGGGAAACCUCAGCCAGUUAUCCUCAGGGGAAGACAAGUGGCUACUUCGAAAGAAGGCCAAGGAAGUAUUACUUAAUUCACCCCUGCAGGAGGAACAUAACUUUCCCCAAGAUCGUUAUGGCCUCCCAGCAGUUUGUGAUCUCUUUGCCUGUAUGCAGCUUAAAGUUGACAAAGAAAAGUGGUUGUAUCGAACUCCUCUACAGAUGUGAAAGGAUGGAACACUGGAGUCAAACAACUUUUCUGCAGAUUAUCACACCUCCAUGAGCCGAGUGACUGUGCGGCUUGCCAAAUCCUUGUGUUUCUGGGUCUGUCCAGUCCGCUUCAUUCCUUUCCUGCCUAACUUUGAACUAGUGAAGAGAAAUAAGUCAUCAAAUUAUGAGUUACUGUGUAAAAGAAAAAGGCUGUUUGUCGAUGCUGAGGUGAUUCAGUUCCUUCUUACAGAAGUAUUAACUUAAAUUCACCCCUCCACUAGAAACACAGCAUCUUGGUGGAUAGGUCUUUUUCAUAAGCCUCUACAGCUCCUUAGAUUGGGUUGUUACUAGAAGUACAUUAAAACACUGUAGUUUUAAAAAUGAAAUAGUUCUAUAAUCAAGGUGUGUCGAUGUAUUCAAAAGCUACUAGUAAACUUCCCUAACGUUUUGAUUGCCCUCCUUUAGAUGCUUCCCUUGCUGUGGGUUUUCUUCCGUUGGUGGUGGAAGUAAUGAUUUUUCUGUUUAAUUAAUAUAGUAUAUUUCACACAAAUAGUUAACUUUGCCAAUAUAAUGAUUGUUUUCUUACCAAAAUGUGUAUUAACAAUCUGGGCGUUUUUUGACAUUAUAAAACUAGCCUACAUGUCAGAUUCUACAUUAUUUUUCUCCUUUUGAGAGACUCAGCUACUGCAAAUUUUCUUUUUCCCUUUUCUAAGUUACUGACUUAUCUCCCGAGCUUUUAGAAGAGCUCCACAUUGCUUCAAGACUGUAUUCAGGGUAGUCCUAGCCACUUUCAAAAUACUCUCAACUCCAGGCAAAAGAACCCUAGUGUUGACUAGUCAAAAGAGCAAAAGGCAAGACCUGUUAGAAAUGCAGUAUUUGAGCUAUUUGCUAUCCUAAGGGUUAUUGGUGCGUCCUGUGUAAAUGGAAGCUGAGCUUGACACCUGGUGCUUUUAACUAGGGAUAGAUUAAGUGUCCUCUCACUGCAAGCAUAGCAUCUCUAUACCUCCAAGAGUAGAAUGCAGUGCCCUUUUAGUGAACAGGCUGUUUUGAACACUUGUGCCUUGGGGUGUUUAUGAAGCUUUAUGAAAACUUAAUGUUUUCUCGGUAUCCUUAAAAGUCACAUAUAUGCUUUAUGAAGUUUCUCUGUAGGAAGUGGGAUUUAUAAUGUUUUUAAAUUCUUUAAAGUGAGUUAACUUAGCUGCUUUCCAGGCUUUUAAACUGUUAGGCCACUCAGCUUGCCUGUGUUAUCGUUAACUUUUAAAGUUUGUGAUGUGGUCAUCUAGAAAGUCCUUUUAGGGAAACUUCACAGUCCCAUAGUCCUUGCCAUACAGCUUUGUUAGGCUUGAACCACAGCUGAAAAGAACCUAUUUUUUGGUCCCCCCCGCCCCCAAUACCACUUAGAACUUUAAUAAAAGUGGCAGGUAAAAACUUAAGGAGCCUUUUCCAUUAUCUUAGGUUGCAGGAAACUUUGUAGUUUUUGAGGUUUAACAAUGUAUUCCUGAUUUUACAUUCAUCACUAUGUUAAUGAGUAUGUAAAACAUUCUUUUGCAUUGAUGCAUUUUGUACCUCCCUCCAUUAAAAGCAUAACAGCCA